AUGAUAGAACAAGUCGCCUCGAAACAAAAUGACCUCAAGAAGGUAAAUGACCUCAAGAAGGUAAAUGACCCGGAACAAGAUGGUUGCUCAAGACUCGAAAUAAGUCUGGGGAACUGCCUUAAAAAUUAUAAGUAUUUCAGAAGCAAGUUAUCACCGACAACGGCAUUGCUGGUACUUGUGAAGGCGAAUGCCUAUGGCCAUGGCGCUGUGAGGUUCGCGUCAAUGAUGGAGCAAGCGGGGGCAGAUUAUCUCGCUGUAGCAUAUCCGAUUGAGGGAGUGGAGCUUCGUAGGGGAGGGAUAAGGGGACGUAUUGUAAUUUUGACGCCGGGUACGGAUCUACGUCGUCGGACGAUUGAGGAGAUGCUAGAAAAAGAGCUAGAACCGAGUAUCCCGAAUAUGUUUACACUCAAGGCAUUUUGUGAAGUUAUGAAAGACAAUCAGACGAAAGACAAUCAGAUGACGAAAGACAAUCAGAUGACGAAAGGCAAUCAGAUGACGAAAGGCAAUCAGAUGAGGAAGUAUCCUAUUCAUAUCAAACUUGAUACGGGAAUGCAUCGGGUUGGGUUCAUGACAUCAGAGCUUGACGAGUUAAUAAUGUAUCUUUUAAAGUGUCCAUUUGUUGCAGUAGCAUCCGUCUUUUCGCAUCUUGCAGCUUCUGAAGAUCCUAAAAGUGACGAUUAUACUAUAGCGCAAAUAAAGAUGUUUGAGAAGAAUGCUAACAUGCUUUCAAAAGGACUUUGUUAUAGACCCAUUUAUCAUAUUCUUAAUUCAGCUGGAAUAGAACGGUUUCCCCAGUAUCAAUAUGACAUGGUUCGCUUAGGAAUUGGUAUAUAUGGAAUCAGCGCAAUUCCAACGAUCGAGCUCGCUCCAGUUGCGUCUCUCAAGUGCAAGAUUCUCCAAAUCAAGCAUUUGACGGCGCAAGAUGGCACCGUGGGCUACGGCCGUCGAGGACAACUGGCUCCUGAAGGUACUGUCGUUGCUACAAUCCCUAUCGGUUAUGCGGAUGGCAUUGACCGCAGACUCGGAAAUGGCAACUGUUCAUUUAUCCUAAACGGAAAAAGAGUCCCGACCUUGGGGAACAUCUGCAUGGACAUGUGCAUGCUCGAUAUCACCGGUGUCCAAGCCCAAGUCGGCGACACAGUCUGUGUCUUCGGAGACAGUCCCAAAGUGUCCGAAUUAGCCGAUGUCCUCGGCACGAUCUCUUACGAGAUCUUCACCUCCGUCUCCCAUCGUAUUGAACGUGUGACGGUGGAAUGA